AUGGGUUGUUGCAUUAGCAAAUGCAGACCCAAGAAACAUUACAUCGAAGAUCUUAGUCAUGUUCAAGACAAGGUUGUGAUCUCAUCAUCACAAGCUCCAAAAACUCCCGUUCCUGUCUCAAAUAAAAUCUCCCCUUUGCCUCUUUCACCUACCAUUUCUUCCUCUUCUUCGGUAUCUUCCUUCACCUGCACCACUAGCAGCAAUACAACUAGUUCAUGUUCAUCCCUUCCAAGCUCAUCUUCGGUCCUGAGCUCGAAGGAUAGGUCUUUCUCCAAUGAGUUCUUGUGGGCAUGUGUAAAGGAAAACCCUCAUAUAAUUCGUAUUAAUUCAAUCAAGGAAGCUUCUCUUGCUUUAGCCACUACUAAAUCUCCACUGGCUAAACCGACCGUGGCACCGGUGAAGCAGGCAAUCCAGGCAAUGGAGAAAGGGUCUACACCACGGAAAAGAGGACGGUCAAGUUCACCAUCAACAUUAACAAGACAAAAGAGCUUCCGAAAGGAGCCUGACAGACUAAAUUCUGCAUAUUAUUUGCCAAGUAGGAGUUUGAGGUCACCGUCUCCAAGCAGGAGAUUUAUCGGAGAUACUUAUAGUAAUCGAGGAAUUUUGGCAACUACAAUAUCGAAGGAAAUUUGCUCUUCAAAGCGAAUUGUUGCUUCCAAGGUAAACGCAUUGAACUCUGUUUCUUCCUCUCUAAGAAAGGAAAAUUUCAGGCCGUCAAGUCCAACGCUCAGCAGCCACAAUCCAAGUACUCCAUUGAAGUCUUGUUUGAGAAAUCGGGAGACUUUCAUUCAUCGUAUUAGCUCUAAACUCGAUGAAAGUGCGCUCCGAGCAGCCCUGGCCCAGCAAGAAAAUGACUCCAUUUUUAUGGAGGACAUUGACAAUCCUCUUAUUUCCUUGGAUUGCUUCAUUUUUCUGUAGAAAAUGAGUUUGCACGCAUAGUGAACAUUUGUCAUGUUCUUACGUUUUUUUUUUUUUGAAGUUUUUUUCUUUGCU